AUAAUAUCCACAACUGUAAAAUGUGUAAGCACCACAGGGUGUAAUCCAAGUGACAAUAAGAAAUAUGUGUUUUGAAAGGAAAGUUAUCUUAAUUUCUCAUUUUGAAGACAAGCUCAAUAGAAGAGAAGAGAGCCAGGCCUGGUCCAAAUCAUCUACUCGGUCCCUAUUGUUUCUGCCAAGUUGUUUGUGCUUUAAUGAUGGGAUGGUACAUUGACAAAAACUGGGUCACUCAUCUGGGAUCAAGGCGGCUCCGGUUACUCUGCAAGAUGAAGUAUCUGCUGUCAAACUUCAGAAAUGUGUCUCAGCUUGUCAGAAGUCCAUUUUCCAUGAGGCCUCAUAGAUCUUGUCAGAGCCUCUUCUCAUCAUCAGUUCAGUCCUCAAGGACUCGUCUAAAAUCUAAUAGAUCAAAAAUGAGAAUUUUUAGCAUUACCCCCACAAGACGUUUUAGGACAGUUACCAAUAAUAUGAAAUUUGAAUAUGAACUGAGCCUUCAAAUUCAUCGAUUUUACUCAAGCUCCAGUAGAGAGUCUUUCAAAGCAGAGGCUCCCAUUGGAGUUUACCAGAACAGCAGGACUCCCUUUCGGCUGCACUUCCUAGGAAUGAGAUUAGGAGAAUCUUUUAAUCGUCUUUCAAGGCACAUUAACAUGUACUUUAUGAAGAAAGAGGCCUCUUUGAUAUAUUAUGAACAGGAAGGGUUGAUGUGUGCAGUGCAGGACCCACUAACCAGAACUCAAAGACGAGCUCAAAGCCAAAGAGCACUUAGAGAGAGACACUCUGGAGAGAACAGUGCUUUCAUAGGGACACCUGCCCUUGAGCAAAUCCAAGAAGCUUCCUCAAAUCAGUCUCAGGGACCAUCUUUGUCCAAUCUGGGACUACAGCUGUUCCAUAUUAGCUCCUUGGCAACUAGAUUUGGUGAGAGUUACAGCUAUGUGGCCAAUCAUAUUAACUCUGUAUUCACUCGAAGUCCAGCAAAACAUUUCCAUGCGGAGGUAUUAUUAGAUGAUGAGUUCAGAAGGUCUAGAGGUAGAAAGCGAAGAGUUGUAGGUAAUAAGAGUGAUACUUAUAGAGAAUCAGAGCUGCAAAAUAGAGAAAACAACACACCAACAAGAACACUGGCAGCAGAGAUUAGUAAUAACAAAGUGUCUAGUUCCUGGGAGGAAGGGUAUGUCCACUUUGCCCGUCACAUCAACCGAUACUUUGGAGCAAAAGCAGAUUCUAUUGAAGAACUACCCCAUAAUCAAAGGACAGCUUCUGCUGAUCAUCAAAUGUCACAUACUGAGACACAAAUGCUGAAGUCUUCCAUUGCAUUGGACCAGUCUCCUCUAGAGGGAGCAGAUAGCUCUACUUUGCCACUUCGGCCCAAAGGCCUGUUCCACAUGAGCAGCCUCACCACACACUUUGGUGAAAAUUACACUUACAUGGCUAACCAUAUCAACCGCUACUUUAAGGGAUCUGCAGUUUCAGAGGUGGAGGGGGAGAUGGACCGAGAACACUAUACAGAACAAAACAGAGAUUCACCUGAAUACACCAUGACACAGAAAAAGACUGUGUCCUUUUUUCAGAGCCUGUUGAAACCGUCAACUAUACCCAGCCUGGUUGGCAGCUUCCUGGGAAUAGGUUCAAGCAGGAAUAGCGACCACACCACAUAUGUAGCCAGGGCUCCAGAAGCCAUGCUAUAUAAAACGGCUUUGGGAAGGAGGAAGGCAGAGGACACCACUAGAGUUCUACUGAACAGCCUACAGGAAGCUAUGGGACCCUCAGCCAUCACUUCCUGUGUGGAGGAAUUGAACGCUCACCUCAUUCAGCACCCAGCAUGCAAAGCUGUGGUGUGGCAGGAAAAAUCAGCAUUGCAGCUCCUUAGACGGCGCCGGAUCUUCUGGAUGAAUGAAAAACUUCAGGAAGCCAUUAGGGAAACUCUUGCUCUGAUUGGCUACAUAGAUCCAGUCAAAGGUUGUGGGAUCAGAGUGCUUUCCAUUGAUGGAGGAGGAACAAAAGGGAUAGUUCCACUUCAAGUGCUCAAACAGCUGGAGGCUCAAACAGGAAAACGAGUUUAUCAACUCUUUGACUAUAUUUGUGGAGUAAGCACAGGAGCAGUUCUGGCUUUCCUGUUGGGUCUGGCUCAUAUCUCUUUAGAUGAAUGUGAAGAGAUGUAUCAUCGUUUUGGGUCGGAUGUUUUCAGACAGAACCCCCUUGUUGGUACUGUGAAGAUGGGCUGGACACACUCCUACUACAACACAGAAACAUGGGAGAUGAUCUUGAGGGAGAAAAUGGAGGAGCAGAUUUUGAUUAAAACAGCCAGAGAUGAGCAGAGCCCAAAGGUCUCUGCAGUAAGUGCAGUAGUAAACUGGGGAACAAGUCCAAAAGCAUUUAUCUUCCGAAACUAUAACCAUUCUCCAGGAAGACUGAGCCGCUACGCUGGAGGGUCAGGAUACCAGUUGUGGGAGGCUGUUCGGGCCUCAUCCGCUGCUCCAGGCUAUUUCCAGGAGUUCCCUCUCCAAGGUGACAUACACCAGAUCUUUUUCAUAUUGGUUCUCCAGGAUGGUGGCCUUAUACUCAAUAACCCUUGUGCCCUUGCUGUCAAUGAAAGCCGUCUGCUAUGGCCCAAUCAGCCCUUCCAAUGUGUGCUUUCACUGGGGACUGGUCGCUAUGACAAUGCUAGAAGAGGGCCUGCAACCUCCACAAGUUUAAGAGCCAAAAUCAGCAAUCUUAUUUGCAGUGCAACUGAUACAGAAGGUGUACACACCCUGUUGGAUGACCUCUUGUCACCAAACGUGUAUUUCCGUUUUAACCCAAUGCUGAGUUUAAAUGUGACUCUGGAUGAAAGCAGGCCUGGAGUGCUUCAGCAGCUGCAGAAAGACACACAGCUGUACAUGGACCGGAACCAACCCAAACUGGAUCGCAUGUGUGAUGUUCUGAUGGCAGAGCGCACAGCAAUCUGGAAAACACGGGACUGGAUCGGUGAGAAAGCGUGGGAGCUGCAGCAGCGCUGGGCUUGACUGGACACAAAUUAUUGAAGAGGAAUCAGAUGCAUGUUUAGACAUUGCAUGGUCAGUGCACAUUUGUACAUAAUUUAAAUUAUUAGUUUUAGAUUUAGCUCAGGGAGGAGGUAAAACUAAAUCGUUACAUACUAUAUAAGAAAGAUAAGUGUACACCAGGGUCAGAAAUGAACUUUUCCAUUAAGGGGCAAUAUUUGCCCCCUAGAUUUUCAAGGAUAUUUUAGACCUUUUAUAGGGUAUUUAUUCUAGCCUAAAGUAAAAAUAUAAGGUGUUGUCCUAUUAUAUCAAAUUGAAGGUGAAUUGAACCAACCGAUUUGAAUUGUCAGUAUUAAUAAUUAGAUUAAUAAUAAAUAAAAUAAUUAGCCCACCUCAAUUUCGGACACUUGUGUAUAUACUUUUACUGUUGUUUCUUUGUUAAAAAAUAAAAAAUCGCAUGAAUAACCUCAAGUAAAAUUAUAUUUAUGAAUUAAAAACAACAAUCUGUGUGAAUGUUAUUUAUUAUGGUAUCUUAAUAGUAUGUAUUGCUCUAUUUAAUUUUUCUGAGGAUUUUUUAAUAACAAAAUGCAUGUUAAUCUUUAGUUAAUCCUUUAUUUCUCCAAAUGAAAUAACAGAUAACGGAUCAUUUAAAGUCUAAUAAAAAUUCAGCACCUAAUAUUCAGAUCACUGUGACAAUAGAGACAACUUGAGAAAACAAAACACAUGGAAAUCCUACAGAGCCUCCCUAAAGAUAAUAGAAACAACUGCCAUUACUGUUUACAUAUCCGCUGUUGACAGUGUGCUGGUAAUGAAUCUAUUAACAUGAAAUGAACCUUGCUGAAUUUAGUGAGGUUUUCAGUGCUUAAAUGAACUGAAGAAGCCACACGGUCAUCACUCAUGUGUCAAGCUUUUAUUUGCUUUUUGAAGUGCAUUGUUUCUUUUCUAGAACAAUUGAGCAAAAUUCUCUUUCUGAGAUUCAGUGUUAUUUUUCCUCAGCCUUUCGUUGUUAAUUCCAGCUUUGAACAAACUGUUGGACCUCUUUUAUGUUUUAUUUCGAUUUUUGACAGUCUGACAUGGCUUAAAAGACAAUACAUGGACAUCUUCAGCCCCAGAGUAUGUUGGAUAGUAAAUUGGAUAUAAACUGCAGAGGCUUUUUCAUUUGAACUGUACAUUGAGGUUAUUGUAAAAUCAGGUAAGAACAUUCUCUUCAUUUUCAAAUAAGAAAAAUGCCUCUAUAUGGAGAAAAUGUACAGUAUAAUACACAUUAUUGCAUUUAUAUCCUUAGCAGAUACUUUCUUACCAAAGCAAUACUAUAAAUCUGUAUGGCUUUGUUGUUUGGGUUGGUAAUUUGUAUUUUUAAUUUAUUUUAUUUUUUUGCCUGUUUUGUCUCCCAAAGCAAUUUUAAUUUCACCGUGACUGAGUUUAAAAGCAGAGCAAUGUCAUUGUCAGCUAAACAAUGUACUGUAUGUUUCAUUGUAAUGUCAUAAUCUCUCUGACUUCAGGAGAGUUGUGAGUCAGCUGCUUUGUGUGAACUAAAGUUUUAAUUGAAGACAAUGUCAACAAUUCAGACACAAGCUUCUACGUAUUAAGACUGAUAUUCGAACAGAAUUAGCAGCCUGUGUCUAUGUGGACAGAUGUUUCAUUGUCCUGAGUCUGGAGGAAGCGGUUCAUUCAGGCUCGUGCCCUGUACUGUACAGUUUGGUGCAUGGCACAGUAGCGCUGGUGAUGUCAUGUGCACUGCUUAGGAUACUGAAGGGCUUGAGAACAUGACCAGAAUUACAUCAUACACACAAGUCAAGUCAAGUGGUUU